CAGGUGCCGCGCGGGGAGCGCCUGCCAUCAGUCGCCGCGCGACCGCCGAGCACGGACGUGCCGCCGCGAGUGAAGUGCAUCACGAAAAACAAGUGAAGUGAACAACAGUGAGUUACUGUGGUUUAUACCUACUGCUGCUGCAGCUAACACUGUUUAUGCACACACUGCUAGCGGUAGUGCGAUGCGGCGUCCGCGGCGCGCGCACACGGCGCGGGUGAUCUGCGGCGCGCCAUGAGGAAGUUCAUGCGCACGCGCAGCGCCGCGCCCGCGCCUCUCGCGCCGCUCCCGCCGCCGACGCCGUACCCGCCCGCCAACGGGCUGAACGGCCACACCAAGACCAACGGCCACGCCAAUGGCGGCCCGCGGCGCGAUGACCACUCCACCCUCUCCCGGUCCAGCAGGUACUGGGGCGGGUCGGGCGCGGGCGCCGACCUGUGGGAGGACCCCGACUUCCCGGCCUCGCCUCGGUCUCUCGGGGAGCGCGCCUCCGGCCUCACAUGGAGGCGGCCUCACGAGCUGAGCUCGGCCCCGCAGUUCCUGGGUGCGGAGGCGGAGGACGCGGCGUGGGAGGUGGAGGUGGGCGCCCUGGGGUCCGGCGCCCUCUGCGCCGCGGCGGCCGCGCUGGCGCCCACGCCGCGCCUGCUGGCGCGCGUGGCGCCGCCGCAGAGCUUCACUAGGGACCACUACAGAGGCGCCUUCACGUUCCGGUUCUGGGUGUUCGGCACGUGGCGCGAGGUGGUGGUGGACGACCGGCUGCCGUGCCGCGGCGUCGUGCCGCGCCUGCUGUCCUCGACCGCGCGGCAAGCCGACUUCACGCUGCCUCUGCUUGAGAAGGCCUACGCCAAGCUGUACGGGUCGUACGCGGCGAUGCGCGCAGCGGGCGCGGCGGCCGAGGGCACCGCGCGAGCCCUACAGGAGCUGACCGGCGGGAUAGUGCAGUCCUUCUCCUUGCAGCGGCAGCCGCAGCCGCUCACGCUGCAAGUGCUGCACUCGGCGGCGCCGCGCUCCACCAUCAUCGUCGCCAGUCCUAGCGAGAAGGAGUCAACAUGGCGGCGGCGCUCGGGGCCGGCGUCGGCGUCGGCGUCGGGGCAGGCGUACGUGGUGACGGGGCUGGCGCGCGUGCGCGGCGGCGCGGCGCUGGUGCGCGUGCGCGGCCGCGGCGCGUGGCGCGGCGCCUGGGCGCGGGGCAGCAAGGAGUGGAGGGCGUUGGCGGAUGUGGAUAGAGACGCGUUGGAGGCGAGAGCGCUGCAUCCCGACGAGUUCUGGAUGUCCUUCUCCGACUUCGCUUGCGUGUUCGCGCGUCUGGAGCUGGUCCAUGUUGGCCCUGAUGACUGGAUGCGGGAGCCAGCGCUCCACGCCAGGAGACCGUGGCGGGCUGUGCUGGCCAGGCGGAGGUGGAGGAGGGGCUUCAACGCGGGCGGACCUCCUGAGGCUACAGAGACGACGGGCACGAACCCGCAGUUCCACGUGUCGAUCCCGGGCUGCGCGGGCGCCGGCAAGUGCCACGUCGUGGUGUCCGUGUUGCAGCAGUACUGUCCACGCGGACGGACAAGAUUAAAGGCAGUCGGGUUCGCUCUAUACGAGCUUCCUCCGGGAGGCAGCGCUGUGCGGUCGCUGGCGGGGCUGCGCGCGCUCGACGUGACGCACUGGUCGCGCGCCAGGGAAGUGGCCACGUUCUUCACGCUGCCGGCGGGGGAGUACCUGCUCGUGCCGCACACGAGACGCGCACACACCGAGGCCGCCUUCCUCCUGCGGGUCCUCACCGACCAACACGCCGAUAUCUGGGAGGUGAACGAAGACAACCUGAUCGUGCGCAGCAUCAGCUCCGAGUUCCCCGACGAGCGACAGCCGCUGUCCCCGGAGUUGCGGGCGGCACUCGUGAAACUCUUCGGGAAAGAGGAAAUAGAAGAGGUGGACGCGGAGCAGCUGCGCGCGGCGUUACGGCGGAGCGGGUCCGGGUGCCCGCCGCGCGCGCUGUGCCGCUCGCUGGUGGCGCUGCGCGACGCGCGCGUGGCGGGGCGCAUGCGCGCGGCGGACGCGCCGGCGCUGGCGCGGCUGCUGGCGCUGUGGCGCGGCGUGUGGGCGCGCCACGCGCGCUGCGGCGCCGCCUCCGCCUACCGCGCGCGCGACAUGCUGCGCCAGGCCGGCGUGCACGCCAGCAACAAGGUGUUGGAGGGCUGCGUGGUCCGCUUCGCGCCCAAGGCGCAGCUCGCGGCCGACGCGUUCCUCCUGGCCCUCGCCAGGAUCCACCUCGCGCACGAACGUUACCGCCUCAUCGACACGAAGUUGAAGUCCAAUCCUCUCUCGUUAGAAGAGAUGAUCCUGAUGACGAUCUACUCGUGACCGUGAGGCGCGUGUUGUUGGACUCGCUGUUGUCGGUCUUCCUGAGGCGC